UCAAUCAGCGGCUGACAGACGAGAUGCCUGAAGGACCCAAAUACUUUUAAAUAAAUUUAUAUUUUACUUUAAAAAAAAUAACUUUAACUUAUUUAAUUGCUUCUUGGACAAACGAAGCUGAUUAAAACCUCCUCGAUGUGGAUAUUUGUUGAUGUUUUUAUGAGGAUAUAAUCACUUUUAGCAGGAUUUUCUAUUUAUUUUUAAAGGAAACCCACAAAGAAAGCAGGACGUCUCCAGUGGACCUGAUCUUUGUUCCCGGGCCGGUCCGAGCGGGUCUACCCGCCUGGAGCAUGAUGUCUUACCUCAAACAGGGCCCGUACGGCAUGAACGGACUGGGCCUGAGCGGAGCCGCCAUGGACCUGCUGCACCCUUCAGUGGGCUACCCUGCCAACCCCCGGAAGCAGCGCAGGGAGCGGACCACUUUUACCCGAACCCAGCUGGACAUCCUGGAGGCUCUGUUCGCCAAGACCCGCUACCCGGACAUCUUCAUGAGGGAGGAGGUGGCCCUCAAGAUCAACCUGCCCGAGUCCAGAGUCCAGGUGUGGUUCAAGAACCGGAGAGCCAAAUGUCGGCAGCAGCAGCAGCAGAGCAGCAGUAAAGUAAAAGCCCUGAAGAAGAAGUCGUCUCCCAGCAGAGACAGCAGCGGCUCCGACAGCAGCGGACAGUUCACGCCCCCCGCCGCCUCAAGCUCCGCCUCCUCUUCCUCAGCAGGCCUGAUCAGCACCUCUUCCUCUGUCAGCACCCCCGCGUCGUCCAUCUGGAGCCCGGCGCCCAUCUCCCCGACGGCGACCACGACGCUGCCCGACCCCGUCGCCCCCGCCGCCACCUCCUGCAUGCAACGUGCCGUGUCGUCCGCCUCCGGGGGGACAGCAUCCUACCCGGUGUCUUACGGCCAAACGGCUGCGGCGUACAGUCAGGGCUACGCGGCGUCAGCAUCCGGCUCCUACUUCAGCGGCAUGGAGUGCGGUUCGUAUUUGGCGCCCAUGCACGCCCACCAACUCAGCCCCAUGGCGGGCGGCGCCAUGGCGGGCCACACCCACCACCCCCAUCACAUCGCACAGACAUCAGGCCACCACCAUCACCACCACCAUCACCCGCCACACCCCCAUCAAGCCUACAGUGCUGCCGGAUUGGCCUUCAACUCCUCGGACUGUCUGGACUACAAGGAGCAGACGGCCGCCUCGGCCUGGAAGCUCAACUUCAACACCUCGGAAUGUUUAGAAUACAAAGAUCAGGCGUCAUGGCGCUUCCAGAUGCUGUGACGUCCAUCAGUGGAGACCAGGUGGACAUGUCCGUGACUCAGGGGAAGAAGAAGAAGAGGAUCAGGUCCAUGAUUCUUCUUCCAGUCCAGAACUUCCUGAGGAGUUAUUCUUCCAAAAGGAAACCCUCCAGAGACAAGGUGGACUUCCAUGAUGCUGCUAAGACUUCCAGGUUGACCGCUCCCACCUCAUCCAGAACCCUGUGGGUUCUCGUCUUGUCAGGGUCCACUGGAGAGCGACUAGCAGCACGUU